CUCCUGCUUCCGCUCCAGCCAAGAUCUGCCCGCCAUGGCUCUGGUGCUGAUCCUCCAGCUGCUGACCCUCUGGCCUCUGUGUCAUGCAGACCUCUCUUCAACUGGCUCCCAGGAAUCCCAGGGCCCCAACAACCCUGUUUUUUCAGUCCCCCCAGCCUUGUACCCCAAGCCAUGGCUGGGGGCUCAGCCUGCUGCAGUUGUAACCCCUGGGGCCAAUGUGACUUUGAGGUGCCGGGCACCUCAACCUGCCUGGAGGUUUGCAAUCUUCAAGUCUGGAGAGAUCACCCCUGUGCUGUAUCGGGAUGUGUCCAUGGAGCUGGCAGAGUUCUUCCUAGAGGGGGUGACCCCAGCCCAAGGGGGCAGUUACCACUGCUGCUACCGGAAUCCAGGCUGGAAUCUGGGUGUCUGGUCCCACCCCAGUGAUACGCUGGAACUGCUGGUGACAGACCAGCUGCCGCCCCCGUCGCUGGUGGCACUGCCCGGGCCGGUGGUGGCGCCCAACGCCAACGUGAGCCUGCGCUGCGCCGGCCGCCUGCGGGGCAUGAGCUUCGCGCUGUACCGCGUGGGCGUGGCGGCCCCGCUGCAGUACCGCGACUCGACCGAGCCCUGGGCCGACUUCCCGCUGCCCGGCGCCAGCGCUCCCGGCACCUACAGCUGCUACUACCACACGCCGUCCUCCCCGUACGUGCUGUCGCUGCGCAGCGAGCCGCUGGUCAUCAGCGCCGACGGCUCAGGCUCGUUGGACUACAUGCAGGGCAACCUCGUCCGCCUGGGGCUGGCCGGCCUGGUGCUCAUCUCCCUGGGCACACUGGUUGUUUUUGACUGGCGCAGCCAGAGUUCUGCCUGAGGCAGUGUCAGGCCCUGAGCCCCAGAGGACUGGAUACAGAUGCCUCGCAGUGUGAGAAGACUUCCCAGAGACAGGGAGAAGAAACAGGGAUUACUGGCGUUGGACUGGCCCUUCCAGGAGCCCCACAGUCCCCCUGGCGGAGCCCAGCUUCUGGGUCAUAAUAAGCUUCGUACUGUGUGCUCUAGCUCCCUUCUGGGUCAUUCCUCUACUAGAUCAGUGGAAGCCUCUAUCGGUGGUCAAGGCUUCCUAGUCACGAGGCCUGGGUUCGAUUCCCAGUGCCGCUGCUCAUUCACUGGGUUAUUAGCAAAGAGACCUUUCCCAAGUCUCAAUUGCCUUGAAUGUAAAAUGGGCUGACUGAUAAUACCCACUUCAUAAUCUUGUAGGAUUAAGUGGGCAAUACACACGAAACCCUUAAAAGUGACUGGCCCAUAGUAAAUGCUCAAUAAAUAUUAGCUAUCCUAUAACUGCGGUUUCUACCAGAUGCUCAGGGCCAGAAUGUAGUUCCCCCCCUCCCCUAUUGCUCAUGCUCCAGCUGAACUUUUAAGCAAUUCACCGCCAUUUCCUUCAUGCCAUUGUCCUUGGUCGACAAGCAAACCUCUUCCAAACCCCUCCUCAGACUUUCUGACCUUGGUAGACCAAGAUCAGAUCAAGGAGAACUUCUUCCCUAUUUAAAGCUUCAUUUGUGUGCAGUGCAGGCUGUUUUCUUGAACCAUCAUUAUGAUUAAGUGGAGUCCUUUGCCAAGGCAACAGCGAGGGCAGUGUGUGGAGUCGAGCACUGACCUGGACAUUUAUACACGGCACCUGGCCUGCUUCCCACGGGGUCUUGGCUGACUUCACAGUUGUAAAGCUAAUGCAAACCAUUCCCCAGUGCAGCCCGUUUGCUCUCGCUUCUUGCCUCUCUUUCUGGAAGGCCUGACUACAUUCAGUUUCUCCUGAGUUUAGUAAUUUUACUUCUAUUUGAAUCUUGGUAACCCGGAUGCCUUUAUCAUCCUCAUACACACAUUUUUCUGUCUCUAAGCACUUCUUACGGCAUAACACUUGUGUUCCCUUCUUGCUUUAUGCCUAAUUUUGAUGGAGCGCACAUCCUCUUCUAUUGUUACUAAAUUUUCCACCUUGCCCUUCUCCUCUUCCCACUUUAUGAAGGAGAGGAUGCCUUCCAUUUUUUGGACAACCCCAGCUCCAUCGCCCACUAGGGGGAUAGCCUUGAGCAAUUUACAGACCCUCCUGAAUUUUUAUCCCUGAAAGAGGAAACUAAAAAUAUCUACCAUGUUGGUUUGAGAUAAUCAAACAAGAUACCUUGUCCCCAGCAUGUGGGGAGAUCAUAAAAGCUCAGAUCAGCAGUUUUAAUCUAUCCCACCCCCCCUUUUGGGGAGACAGAUUAGGAAGCAAAGCUUACAUCACAGCCCUGUACACACAUCCAUUUACAUCUAUAAACUAGAAUUCAAGUUCUAUGAAGCAAUAUUCACUUCUA